AUGUAUGAGGUGAGGACGACCGAUUGGCACUAUAUGAAGAAGCGCGUGAGCAACCGACUCGCUGCCUUCUUGGGCGUGUCGCCUUUGUAUGUGGACCUUGAGCAAGUGGUGCCCAUCAUCGUAGGGGAGAGGUGUUUGCCAGGGGUCCUCCUGUGCCAAGACCUCAAGCGCAAAGUUUGGCUUCGUGCACCCGGUCUUGGUGGUGCUUCUGUGGACGGGGACCUGCACAAUACCGAGCCACGGAAUUGCCUACCUGCUGAUUCCAGCAAAUCCGGAUCAGACAACUGGGAUAGCGUUCAAGCAUUGGUGGGCUCUGCCUUCAAUCCUCAAUGGAGAGAUGAUGCGGACCUGUUGGAGAAAGUCUGGGAGGAUAACUUCUGUGUGUCGCAGCUGAACACCUCCUUGAUGCUUUUUCCAACGCCGAUCAACAAUACCUUCAUCACGGGCUGGCGGUACGACAGCAAGCGAAGAACUGUGGGCAACCUCGUCGUGGCAGGAAACCAGGCGAAGGGUGUGCCGCUGGAGCUGCAUAUUGUUGGAGUGAUCCCCACCAAGUGGGCAAGAUACUUCAACUCAAAAUUCAUCCUCAACGGAAGCAUCCCUCUGCCUCUGUACCAGCCAGAGGUGGUGGACACCGCAGCGGUAUUUACCGACGAGCUGAAUGUCACCAUUGGAAUCUUUGGCGUGCGACAAAAGGAAGGUGGUAUCAAUAUGGGCAUUUUGGACUACCUUCCCGUUUGCCUUGAUCCUCCAGUGGAGGCAAGAGGAUGCUUCAGGAUUGAUCACAAGAUCUACGAUGACAAUGUUUGGAACGAGUAUAACUUCAAGAACGUCAUGAUGUGGCAGAGGGACCUCAUGCUUGAGGGCCUGAGUGAGUACAACUACCCCUUUGGUGAUUGGAAUGCCACAGAAGGGCCAUGGCCUUCCUACGAGUGGUACGGCUUGAGAAUGACCCCAGAGGACCCUGGAGUCAGAUAUUUGGGCCCAUGGGCUCAAUACACAUUUCCGCAGAAGGAGUAUAGCCUGGACCAGCAGUCCUUCUGCCAAACUGGCUCCAACUGUACUGAGAUUCCUGUGGCGCCGUUACGCUGCCAAAUUUGUGUUGUCGGAAAGUGGGAGCAGUCACUGAUGUUAGGUACCACACUUGGAACUUUGAUCAGCAUGCGCACAAGUGACCCUGGGGCAGAUAAAGACUUUGAUCAAGAAAUGAGGAAGAAAUGUCCUCGAGCUCCACAUAGCAUUCUGCUCAUGAAACCCUUUUUUGAGAAGCCUGUGAAUGGAUAUGUUGCGAUUUCUGCUGGCUUUGAAAUGCCUGUAGCUCAUCGUGGAAGUGGGUCAUGGAACAACACAGACAUUUCAUUGAGUCAGAGUCUCUUUGCCAUUAUGAAACGCACCAGUUCUGACGAUGGCGGCAUCAUUGCACCACGAAAUCUGGCACAUGUGGACCCCGUGGGGUUUGCGGCCACAUUGAACGGGAAGACUCAUCAGAGAGACAAUCCCUUCAGACUGUCCACGGACUUGCUGUAUGAGUCGAAGAUUGUGCCCUUCAGCGCCCCAAUGAUGCUGAUCUUUGGGGGCAAAGGCUUCGAGCACGUCAAGGAUCCUGCAACAGGCCGAUUGAUCUAUCAUUUUUGCGAGCAGCUCUCAAAAGUCGACUUGAGGGAAGAAUGGCGUUCUUGCAGUGAAGUUACCUUGAAUGAGCUCUGGCGAUACGACAUCAAAGGCAACAAGUGGGAGUUCUUGAAGACAGAUUCUGCCACAAGUCCGACCACCCUGGAGCCUGUUGGUUGGCCAGUUGCAAGGUUUGGUCACGGUGCAGCAGUUAUUCGAAUGGUCGAUGAACAAAACUCCGACAUCCAGCGCCUCUACAUGUACAUUUUUGGAGGCAUGGGCAACCAAUGCCCUGGCAGCGUUUGCAGUGACGUUUGGCGCUAUGAAAUCCCUUGGGCAGCCCAGGCCUACUAUCCCAAGUAUCCGACCGGAGACUGGGUGAGAGGCAAUGUGUGGGAUCGUUUGAAGGUCAGUACCUCCAGCAUGGAGUACAUUUAUGUCUACGGUGGACAAACUCUCGGAGGCUUUGACAACACGUUACUGCGCUAUCGGAUUUCCACAGAUCUGUGGGAGGACAUGAGGCCAUAUGGCCGAGUAUCGUUGACUCGGCUGAUGUAUGACUACUUUGGAACUCCUGCUGCAACAGAUGCACCAGUUCAGUCGUAUGAAGAGGAGACAGACGUUGAUUGUGACCUUGCGUGGUCUUUCACAGGGAAAUUUGCACAUUGCAAGGCGCAACAUUGGGUGUGUCCAACAUGUGGGCUGGUCCUGGGCCGUCGAGAGGAAGGGGCUCACAUGCCCACUGAGCGUGCAGACCAUAGCAUCGUCAGCUACCAUGAUGAGACCCCGGGAGCUGUGGAUGAUGUGCUUGCAGUGAGGGCCUUACACCACUCCUGUGCCGUGGGAGACUUAUUCCUGACCACUGUGGAUGCCCUUCCUGACCACUGUGGAUGCCCUUUUGGAAUGCCUUUCUCAUCUUGGGCUGGGGACGGGUAUUUGGCCUUUCUCGAUGUUUUUCCUUUUCUCUUCAGGAACACAGGAGUCGUGUCGAGCUGUGCAGCUGCGUCCGGCUGCGGAGGAGUCCAAGUCAUUGGCUCCUUUGACACCCUGGGGAACGACCAGAAUCCUGAGACAUCUAUAGGUUUGAUUACAACGACCAUCACCACCUCUGAGCAGAUUAUCCUGGCACAGGAACCGCCACCUCAACUGGUGCGGGUGAUGCCGGUGCCGGUGCCGGAAGCCCAUCUCCACCACCUGGACCUGGCACCAAUCCUCCGGUUGUCCGUG